AUGGGAGGGGCAGCAUCAUCCACCGCCAACUUCCAGCCAGUCUUCCGGGAGAAGGACGAUGGCAAGCGGACCACGGAGGUUCACCAGUUCCGUGCGCAUGGUGACACUUCGAUCCAGGCUGUGUACACGAACGAGAUGAGCACCGUCGAAAGCAUCCUCGACAUGUACCUGGAGUGGCUCAAGGAUGAGAGGUACCGGUUUGUCGGCCUCGAUCUUGAGUAUGACUUCUGGCAGGAAAAAAUUGCGGUCAUGCAGAUAGCUUUGAGGGAGCACGUUCUCGUCUUCCACUUGAUCAGGUGCCAGGACAAUAUAUACCCGCUAAGGCAAUUCCUGAAGAAUAAGGAUGUCACAUUUGUAGGUGUGGACAUAAGGACUGACCACAAGUUGCUUUACAAGCAAUGGCUGUAUAUUCCACCUGGAAAGCAUCUGGACCUCCAGGAUAUAUUGAAAAUACCAGGUUAUGGUAACGGGGCUGGCAUGGCUACUAUGGCUUCCGAGCUCAUCCACCCCAAGUACAUCGGCAUGAAGGACAAGUUUGUGACGGACUACGACAAAUUCGAAGGCCAUAAUUACCGGGAAUGGAAGCCUCUAUCCGAUAUGAACCUGGAGUAUGCUUCCAUUGAUGGUUAUGUCGCCUAUGAACUCGCCCGCAUUGUGACUAUAGUGAACUAG